UGGUCGUGACCACCAAUGUCAGGGCAUGAUGGCUCCCAAGAAUGUCGCCGGACUUGAUCAAGUAAGGACGCCCUGGGUGGCCUGAUGUUACGACGAGCCAUAUCUCAUGCCAAAACUCGCGCAGUCGGUCUUUUGUUGAAAUCUCUUAGACCAUGGCUGAGAGCAGGAGAUUAACGUCGCAAGAUUCAAGUGAGGGUUUUGUGUUUUGUAGAACAAGUCGGAGGCUGAAGUGGUGUGGGUGCAGUUACUGUACUGUUGCCCUUGCGUUGCCCUUGCAGGAAAGAACGACCCCGCAGUCGUCAUUGCUGCCAAACGAUUCGCCAAAUUUGCAACUCCGACUUCUCACAAGCAAAGAGGCGUCGCGUGUGUCUAUACCGCAAUCACCCACCCUCUGUCGCUACACACGUCGCGAAAUAUACCUCUUCUCUGCGCACUAGCCGCAUACUCCCACACAACAACUACCCAACAUGGCGACCACCGUCGACAAGGUGCGCCACCGCUGCAUCCUGAUUUGACAA